AUGACAGAUAAAGUAAGGCAGGUGUUCCUUGACAAGCACAAUGAAUACCGAUCGCUUGUUGCCAAAGGAGAAGCUAAAGACGCCUUCGGCGGAAAUGCCCCCAAAGCCACAAAAAUGUCUAUGCUGACCUACGAUUGCGGUAUUGAGUCGAAAGCACUGAAAUGGAUAAAAAAGUGUGUCUACGAAUCAUCGCAUUUGGAUAAUUCAUCGAAUCUGGGAGAAAAUUUAUAUAUGCUAUAUGAUCCCCAUGUGGAUAAGGCGGAGGCUGCCAAUGUGAGCUCUUCAGCUUGGUUUAGCUCACUGCAAAUUGUUGGUGUUGGCCAGGCAAAUGUUUUCACUAGAGACGUUCUCUACCGAGGUGCUGGUUAUUACACGCAGAUGGUGUGGCAAAAGACUAGCAAGCUUGGAUGCGCAGUGGUAUCGUGUAACAGCAUGACUUUAAUAGGCUGCCUGUACAACCCGAGGUAA